UCAGCGUGAACCAUGAAUGCAAGACUGAGAUCAAGAUCUAGAGGAAGACCAGAUGGUCAAGAGUCCUUUGAUGCAGUUAAACCUGUGGUUGCCCAGCAACCAAGUGACAAAAAAUCUGAGGAGGAACCACCAGUUGGGAGUCCUUCUAAGGAACUUGGACAAAAGAGAGAAGAGGGAGCAUCUGCGAUUAAAGGUGAAAGCCAGAAAAUGGCUCUGGGAAGGCCUCGUGAUGAGCCUGCAGAUGGCAGUGAGGCAGAUGAGAAGAAUCCACCUAUUCUGGCUCCUGCUAAAACUCCAAAAGGUGAUGGACAGUGAGCCAUUAAAAAAGAAGACAAGCCGAAGCUACACAUGCUGCUGUUAUAUUGAUAAUAUGGCUUGUUAAAUUCUCUCAAUAAAGCUUUACAUUUGUCAUGCACAUCUUUUGUUAAAUCUAUUUCUAGGAACUUGAUACUAUUGUAAAUGGUAUCUUAAAAAACUUCAUGUUCUAUUUAGAGCUGGUCUAUAGAAGUGUUGCGUGACUAACUUUAUA